GUACUGCGAGUGCGCGGCCAAAAGUGUGGGCUCUUUUAGAAGUCGGUGCAAAUGCCGCACGAAGUCGUAUUGUUUACAAAAUACGCAUUUUUUUAUUAUUGGAGCGGCCAAUGUUCAGCCAAUGUUUUACAGGACGCGGCGGACGCGCAACGGUGUAUCGCGGCUCGCGACUUUAGACUUACUAAUCCGUAGGUAGUACUUACCCCGAACUUCUUUUUCGCAUAUUUUAUUAUUAAAAUAAAUUAUUAUUUCUGUUGGUGCGCUCGCGUAUUUAUAAACGUUUAUGUGUUUAUCAUAUUUUUAAAUUUUUUUGUUUGUUUUCCCACGGUCUUGUGAAAAAAAAACAACGUAAAUAAAUACUCUGUACUCUUACCGUUAGUAAUAAACAUCAAUAAAAAACAUCAAGUACUGUGUGCGUUUCUAUCAAUUAAGUUCGUAAAUUUGCAUUCAGCGUAUUCAAUAUCAGUUAUGAAUAAUAAUUAGUUAGUGAAAGUGCCCUAAAGAUGAACGAGAUUCCUGAAGCGUUAAAUUUCACAUCCAGCAGAACAGCCGCCCUUCAAUCAUCCCAUAUAAUGCCCAGCGAGAUAGUCAAGUUCAACGGAGAAAUUCAGAAAAUUAAGAGUGAACCGGGAGUAAAUAACUACACACUACCCUCAUUUACAUCAGCCAUUUCCUCAAUUCACCUUCAUGGUGCAUCGAAUUCAUCGUCACUGGCCGUCACCAACUCCACAUCUCCAGUAGUCCCGAGUUCGACGUCUGUUACGAGUUACAACUCUUCGUCUACAUCAUCAGUUACGACACAGCACAGUACAGAUUCUACAGAUUUGACGGAUAAAAAAGAAAGAAACACAACAUCGGGAGACACCCACAACCAGUCGCCACAACCAUCCUCGAGCAGUACGGAAAGUAAACCGCCGUAUUCGUACGUCGCGCUGAUAGCCAUGGCUAUACAAUCUUCGCAAAUGAAACGUGCAACCCUAUCCGAAAUCUAUGGCUAUAUCACCUCGAACUUUGCGUAUUUCAGGGAAUGUAAAAAGGGUUGGCAGAACAGCAUUCGUCAUAACCUUUCGUUGAAUGAAUGUUUCGUGAAAGUACCUCGCGAUGGAGGCGGUGAACGUAAAGGCAAUUAUUGGACGUUAGAUCCACUCUACGAGGACAUGUUUGAAAAUGGCAACUUCAGAAGACGAAGAAGAAUGAAAAGACCUGCCACUUAUCGCUCACAUCCCUACGCCAACUCCAAAAUCAUGUACGACAAUUCCCGGAGUCUACAUCAGUUGCCGCGAAAUAUCGAGAUGUUUCCACCGCCAAGCGUCUAUGCUACUCACUAUGAUCCGACGUCUUGGUUUCCACAAUCGGCGCAGUUGACUCUUCCCAGCUGCCAGUCCCAGUUAGGAUUACAAAAUUGUACAGCCGCAGGACCGUCUUCUUACACCCAACAGCCUUAUCCUUCUUCUACGUCCGUGUCGGCUGCGGCGGCCGCAUUCUCCUCCGCGGUACAAAGGUAUACCACUCCAUAUUGGAGCCACGAAAGCGGAUAUUCCAGUUCCCACGAUUCACCCCCAUCCGAUCGUCAAUAUCUGUUCUAGUGACAUGAUCCUAUCGAGACGCCAGGAGCCACCAUAACAUAAUAACCAUUCUCGAUCGCGAUGAUUAUAAGAUAAAGUAUAAAAAGAAGAAAAUACACCUUGUGAUUCGAGCUUUUUCGACUCUCAAAGCGAGACUAUAUCUACUUAAAAAAAAUGAUUUUUUGUUAUUUAGCGUUACGUGCUUGGUGUUUCUUUAAUCCUAUUCAUCGCCAUGUUGUUGUGUGACAAGCUCUCUAUAUGCACAUGCCUCUAUGUAUUUAUUAUGUGCACUUACGAUUAGUGGUAAAUAGCAAGUGUGACAAGACGAUUUAUAUGGCCGAAAAGCUGACGCAGUAAAGGUAUCAAUAUGAAUUUUCAAUUGGGGGAUUUUUAGGAGCUAACUAACUUUCAAGAGAAUGCAUAGCAUUAAAAAGAAAAACGAAAUUAGUAAAAUCAAUAGAAAUAAAGUAUGAGCCCCAAAUUUUUGACCUUACACCGUAUUAGGUCCACUUUGUUUUGCGUCAGCUUUACAGACUUACGGUUUACCUUUGGUACGAAUUUCUCGAAAACAUUUACAUUUAGUACGACCCUGUUUUUUUUUUCUAUUUGUUGUUGUUUAGUUUUCUUAAUUUUCGAUAUAUAAAAUGUUAUUUUUUUUUCCUUUUUUGUUCUAAAUAGAAUAAGAACGUCCUGUUUUUUAUAUUUCAAACAAAUUAUGUAUAACAAACACCCAUCACGUAACGAGUAAUAUUUAUUUAACGAAUAAUAAAUAGAAAUGCUUUUCUUGGCACCCCAGCGAUCAGUUCCAAAUAUUUUUAUGCGUUAUUGUACAUUACCUAAUGCAAUAGUGUAUUUAAUAAUAUUUUACGCCUUUAAUGUUAUGUGAGCUUUAUGAAUAAAUUAAUUUGUCUUAUUUUUUCUUAUUUUCAGUAGUCGUGGAUAAAUAAUAAAUGUGUGCCAAGUAAAACUUUAUUAUUGUUUAAACUUUUAAUUCCGUCCGUACUUUUGAUGUGAGAACAUGUCUGUUAUGUACCAUGUAUUUAUAUGUUGUAAAUUAAAAAAAAAUACGAUCAA